AUGUCUUCUAGCGCUUUGGAUAUGUUUGGCCAAUAUGGCUCGGACGACGAACCAUCGUACUCUCCAAGCACGAUAAAGCGAACGAAAAUCAGCGCGGCGCCCGAAGUCUCCACACACGAUCUCGAUUCAUACAACUAUCUACCCGGACUGACCACAAAAGAAAUCGCACAUAAUAUACCGUACACAGACCUUUCGAGAUCGGUACAGGGCCCACAGAAUCCUUUUGCUACUCAGGCGACAGCACCAAAUCGGAAUGUACUUACAGGCUAUAUUGAGGAGUAUAACAUGUCAGAUCACCACUUUGAUGCAAUGUCCAGAACGUUCGACAACUUUGGCUACGCAGUUGAUCCAGACAGCAACGGGGACCGAUUUGUCGGGGACGUUACCAAGCUGGCUCAACGCAACGGCGCCACAGUGUAUGAAACAACAAAAGCGAGUCGGGCAGAGAAGCGGAAGCGAAAGGCUGCUGGUGACCCAUCAUCUGUGGACGGGUACGCAGGGCCUUGGGCGGGGUACGAAGGCGAGAAUGUCGGAGAACCAGUGGGGCCCACAGAAGAGGAAAUAGCGGCGGCAGAAGCAUUGAGUACCGUAGAGCCAACAAAGAAGAAGAACGCGGAAGUAGAACCUGGAACAGAAAAGUCGAUAUUCCAUGGCAAAGAGGAGCGCGAUUAUCUGGGACGAACGUACAUGCACGUACCGAACGAUCUGGAUGUGGAUCUGCUGGCCGAGCCGGGCAUCAAGGAUUGCUACCUUCCCAAAACCCUUAUUCACACAUGGACAGGACAUACCAAAGGAGUCAACGCCAUUCGACUGUUUCCACAAAGCGCCCAUUUGUUUCUCAGUGCUGGUAUGGAUGGUAAAGUGAAGCUCUGGGACGUAUAUCACGAACGACGCUGCCUACGAACGUUUAUGGGCCACUCCAAAGCCGUUCGUGACAUCACGUUCAACAAUGAUGGAACCCGCUUCCUGUCGGCCAGCUACGAUAAAUGGAUCAAGCUGUGGGACACUGAAACGGGCAAAUGCAUAUCGACAUUUUCUACCAAGCGCAUACCCUACUGUGUGAAAUUCAACCCCGACGAAGAUAAACAACACUUGUUUUUGACGGGAUGUGCAGAUAAGAAGAUUUACCAGUUUGACAUUAAUACUGGGGAGGUUGUUCAAGAAUAUGACCAGCAUUUGGGAGCCGUGAACACUAUUACCUUUGUGGAUGAGAAUCGACGGUUCGUGACGACAAGUGAUGAUAAGACGUUGCGAGCAUGGGAGUUUGAUAUUCCGGUGGUGAUAAAGUAUGUGGCGGAGCCGAGCAUGCAUUCCAUGCCUGCAGUAACACUGCAUCCCAACAAGAAAUGGCUAGCCUGCCAAUCCCUUGACAACCAAAUCGUCGUCUAUUCGGCGCACGACCGAUUCCGUAUGAACCGCAAAAAAGCCUUCCGAGGACACCUUGUCGCCGGAUACGCCUGUCAACCCUCUUUCUCCCCUGACGGCCGGUUCGUAACGAGCGGGGACAGUGAAGGCCGGGUAUGGUUUUGGGACUGGAAAACGUGCAAGGUGUUGAAAAAGUUUAAGGCGCACGAUAAGGUGGUGAUUGGAACGGAAUGGCAUCCCCAUGAGACGAGUAAACUAUUUACAUGCUCCUGGGAUGGAACUAUCAAGUUUUGGGAUUGAUUGGGAAGGAUUCUAGACUUUGUACAGAUUAUUUUUUUUCUGCUUGAGCUUGGGAGAAAUACAUGUACUCCUAACCGUGACCUGGCAAGUUAUGAUUCCCGUCAAACCUGGACCCAA